AAGAGGGAGAGUGCGAGGCACACGCGUGUUUCUGGCGGCAGCGCAUAUGACGAUGGAAUAAACCUCAAUGCAGUGUCAUCACAGACUACUUGCUGAAAGGGAAUGUUGAGCUGAUGUAAAAAAGAUUCAUGAAAUUCUAUUUUUGGAGGACCACAGCACUGCAUUACAGAAAAACCUGAACAAAAAAAGAGAGGAAAAACAGAGUGGUGUAUAAAUCAAUCAAUGGCCUCGGGCUCCAGAAUUUCCUUUGGGAUAGAUAUGGUAUCUGCCUGAUAUCUUAGAGCACUCAAAAGAAACAGUCCAAAAUGAGCAUCCCAACUAAUUUCAAGGAACGUGGGGUUGUUGCGAGAGCGGAAAAGAUUACAAACAAAGCUCCGAUCCAAUUCACUCACACUGGCGAUGACAAUGCCAAUCAAUUGUCUUCUUUAAGUGAUCAAGGAGGCUUGUUAGGGGACACAGGGUGCAAUAAGAGCUCACUCCCACCUUUGGUAUCUCAAAGUGAAUCCCACGACAAGAUGAUAAUCUGGGUCUCUGAACAGCAGUGUUCGGAGCCUGGGCUCAGAGAGAUCGAGCUUGUGGAGUGUCCUGACAUACAUACAUUAUUGAGAAACCAAAAUGAGGAAGAUGAUGAUGACGAGGAUGGAGGAAGCACGAAAGAAGGUAAAGACGAGGGUCCAAUGUCAAUAUCCUCCAGUUCAACUGCCAGCUCUAUUUCAAUUGGGGUGAGGAGGAAUGACAACGACAGCAACAAAGUGGAGAACAGAACUCAGUGGGACAAAGAGGAAUGGGGAAAAAAUACCUGUCAAAGUACAGAGGAAGACACUUGUGUGGCAGGCUUAGCUGAAGAAGAGAACACCAACACAGGUAGAGGAGGGCUCAAGCAGUCAAAGUCGGAAACAAAUGUGUUUGUCUCCAAUCUAUCCACAAUGAAUCUUAGUGGAAGUCUAUCUAGCGCCCUGGAUUCUAGGAGAGAUACUUUUAUCUGUCUGCCCAGUUCUAAGACCAGCAUUGGUUAUGCCAACAACACUACCUCAGCCCAAGCUGUAAGAAGGUCAGCUGCUGUAGAUAACAACCCUCCACCAUUAUAUUAUCAGGAGAAACAAUGCCACAGUCAGGAUGACAGACAGGAUGAGACAAGCCAGUGGAGAAAUGGAUCAUCCUCUGAUGGUGGUCUUGGACAAAGAAGAACUGGGUUUGAGGAAAGGGUGCUACCACCGAGGCGGCAACAGCUUGUCAGACCCCUAUGUCAGACAGAGAUGGGAAGAGCGCAAAAUUUAGCAGAGCGUAGUGGCCAAGGUUCUGAAGUUGAACGACCAGCCUCCGACAAUAGCACAACAGUUUCACCGAGUCACUCUCACAAUGGGUCAAACAAAAAGCUUACAAAAUCAUCUUUACGUGAACCAUCUGAUUUUUCACACCUGUACAACACAUAUGGAGUCUUCCAAUCCAGACAGCCCAACCAGGCAGCCAUAAAUGAGGUUUUGUUAGCGGAAAAGCAGCCAGGUUUAAUUACAAAGUCUGCUUCAAAUACCUCCAAACCUUCCACCAUGGAGAAGCGACCCCAGACUCAGUUCACCUACAGAAGGAAUUGCUCCAGUCCCAAAAGGACGUUUACACCUCCCCAAUCUCCUCUCAGGACACUCCAGGGCUCACCAAACAGGCAGGCCUCAAUGUACCUCAUCUCUAAGGAUACACGUAGAGAAGCUCAACACACCCUGUCAGGAGGAGGCCCGGAUGUCAAAACAUCAGCUCAGGGCCAUGACAGUGCUUGCAUGAGAACACCAGUUAAAACCAACAUAAAACCGACUGGAAUACCCAAAGCGCCUCUGAACAACCAGCAAAGCACCCCCAACUCAAGCCAUAACUCAAGCCCCAAAAAGAGCUCUCCUUCACCAAAACUUAAACCUAAAGGAGUACGCCCAAAAAUCAUCACUUACGUUCGGAAGAAUCCUCAGUUCAAGCCUCAAGCUGCUGACGGACCUUAUCAGGUAUCUUCUUUACCAGCAAGGUUGUCCACAUACACACAUGGUGCAGGUGCAACACCUAGUUCCUUCAAAGAUACACCUAUAGACUCCUUAAAGCCUGAAAAAGAAACCAGAGGGGCACCAGUACUCAGUGCCUCCAACUUGCUUUACGACAAGUACCACAAAGACAUGCAAACAAACAUCCUUCCAACAGGACUGUUGAGCAGGAGUAUCCGGGUCCCGGGAAAUACAAACACUAUCCCUCCUACACAUACCCACAGUUAUACAGCACCCCCAAAGCUGAGCAGCAAAACAGAAGACUUCUAUGGAGCACAGUCACAGGUCGCGAGAUCAGCCAGUUUUAAAGAGAGUUCUGCAGAGGACCCACUACAGCUUCGGACUGCUGUUCAGACUGGAGGGAGCGGCAGUCUCUUGCGCUCUGGCAGAGGUCUACGUUUAGGCCUGGGUGCUGUGACCAGGACAGCUUCAGGCCCAAUCAAGGACAAAGGACCUGGUCAAAGUCAGAGGUCAACAAUUAGCCAACCAAUUCAACAAGUCUGCCCAGCAGCCAGCCAGAAAAGCUACGAUACCGCAGCUGAUGAUGAGGUUUUCAUUCAUCAUGCUCCUGAGGCUCCAGCAUUAGCACAGGCACAGGCCGUGACGUCCAGGUCCCUGCUUCCCAAAGCUAGCCAGUCAGGCCUUCGUGCCCCUGGCUUCAGCACCAACCGUUUCCCCGUGGGCCGCCUGGCAGCGUUUGGCUUCGUCAGGAGUUCUAGCGUGUCCUCUGCACACUCUGCCGACAGCACGCAGAGUGACCUGAGCAGGAUCGCUCACCGUCUGAGUGUGAGCGAGGAGCCGCCUCUACACAGGGUGACCGGUGGCUCUCCAUCAACAGAUCACAAGAGAGGUGCGCCAUGUCGCAGCAACAGCCUUCAGCCGCCAUCCACCCCAGUACUGCCGCGCCGAUACCUGCCCGCUCAACCAAGAAGCUCUCCUGAGGUUGGCAGGAAGGAGUUCCAGCGGCGUUCCGAGGUAACACGCUCCCUCCCAACCUCCCCGAAGAGGCUGGCAGUUGUUCCACCCAAACCUCAGUCACCAGUCCAGUCAGGCCAGCGACCUGCAGGAGGGCCGCCUUGGGGGUCAGUGCCCCCUGGGUCCCCUCGUCGCGUGCCCCCCUUGAAGCUGCAGCAAGAGAAGGAGGAUGCUCAGCAGAGAGAAGACGAAGAAAGGAAAGCAAAGGAGAAGGAGAACGAGGACCAACGUGAGCAGCUGGAGAGGCUGCGUGGACGCUGUGAGCAGCAAGAAAAGCAACUGAGAGCUCUUAAAGAAAAACUGAGGAAGACCUCAUUGGGUUUAGAAGCCUUCAUCGUCACCACUCAGCAUUACUGCCUCAAGAAUAAAAUCACAGAAGAGAGUGAAUCGAACUUAUUCCAAGAAAUACAAAUGAUGAAAGAGCAACUGGUGUCCAACUCUGCAAACUGGGAGAGACUCAAGCUGGAAAGGUCUGCAGUGGAAUCGGCAUUUGAAUGUCAGCUGCAGGAGCUGCAGUUGCAGCAGGAAGUUGAGCUAUCCGCCGUGGAGGAGAGCCUCCGGAAGUGUCACUCUGUUGAGACGGAACACCUGAAGGCGGAGCUUCAGUCGGAUUUGGAGGAGCUUAGGACCCAGCAACAGGAGCAGGUGGAGGAGAUGACAGCUCACCACCAGGCAGCCAUUCAGGAACUCAGAGACAUGCAUAAUAUCACCAUGGCAACAAUGCAUGAGGAGCAUGCCCGAACCAUGAGAGAUUUAAGGAAAGCUCACGAGCAACAGAAGAUGCUUCUUGAGGAGGAUUUUGAGAAACUAAGGCUUUCACUUCAGGAUCAAGUGGACACGCUCACAUUUCAAAACCACAGUCUGCGGGACAAAGCCAAGCGCUUUGAAGAGGCUUUGAGAAAGAGCACCGACGAACAAAUAGUUGAUGUUUUAGCUCCAUACCAGCAUAUUGAGAAGGAUCUGAAGAGCUUGAAGGAGGUUGUGGAAAUGAAGAAUCAGCAAAUACACCAGCAAGAGCAGAAGAUCUCAGAUCUGGAAAAAGUGGCCCAAAAGAAUGUGUUCCUGGAGGAGAAGGUCCAGGUUCUGCAGCAACAAAAUGAAGAUCUGAAAGCUCGUAUUGAAAGAAACCUCACCUUAUCUAGGCAACUGUCAGAGGAGAACGCCAACCUCCAGGAAUCUGUCGAGAAGGAGAGUACGGAGAAGAAACGACUCAGUCGGAACAACGAAGAGCUACUGUGGCGUCUCCAGACCAGCCCCCUGAUGUCUCCCUCAUCCUCCCCCCUCCACUGCUCCUUCUCUACCUCCCCCAUCCCGUCAUCCCCAUUGUUCUCAUCCUCACCUGCUCCUUCACUGGGAUGCCACUCCCCCACCCACUGCCACGGCUGCCCCCAGCUCCAUGGAAAUUCUCCACAGUCCACCUCCCCCUUCCACACAGCCAAUCAGAAUUACUCCCCUGGCCCGGCCACACCCACCCACAGGGUAGCAGCCAAUCAGAAUUACUCCCCAGGCCCAGCUACACCCACUCAUAGGGCAACAGCCAAUCGUAAUUCGGCAACUUGUCUCACUUUACAAAGAUAGACAUUUUAAAACCCUUAAUUUUCUUUACAUUUUUAAAAAAUAUUUCCUCUCAAAACUACUCUCUCCUUGACCCUUACUGAAUGUGAAAUGUAUUAUGUUGUGUCCAGAAUGACACAUCAAAUUCUUGAACUUGUGUUUUGAAUAUGACAGCUGACGCUUUCUUUCACGCAAAGGUAAUUUUUACCAAAACAUGCAGGAUGACUCAACUCAAUCUUGAAAUGGUUGCUGUAUAUAUUAUGUAUGAAAGUGACACAAAUAGUGUCAGCAUGAAGUCACUAAGGUGUCCCACAGACAGGAAGCAGCACACAAGAACAAAACCCUCAUGUGUUUAGAACACAAAUGUAUUCAAUUAAAUAUGUUACACACUCUCCUGCUGGGAUGGCAGUUCUGUUCUACAAAGGUAAAUCCCCAACAAAGCGCCUUACUUCUGCCAUUUCACCAGCAAAGGUCAAUCAAUUUUUAUUAAAUAUUUGUCAUUUUUAAUUGGUUUUAGGGAAAUCCUCUGCCUCGCCAAGAUGUAAUGGAGUUUACGUCACUUAAAUUGGAACCUCUAAUAUCGAAUACAAUCGAUUUCAGCAUGCUAGGCCAAUGAAUUUAGAUUUACAAACUAUUUUUAACAAAAGAAUUUAUUUCCAUUUGAAGAGUCAAACUUUAAUUCCCAUAAAACGUUAAAAUAAAAUGUAUAUAUACAUAUAGAAAUGGGUGAAAACACAAUUUCUCAUGAUAAAAUACCUGGAUUUGCUAGCAAUGUCUUAGCCUUUUCAGGUAUAGUAAUGUUUAUGUUCACUGAAGUUAUUGCUAGCCCAAAAUGGCCAGCACCUCCCACAAUGCAGUGAAGCUUUUGCAUUGCAUUGUGGGAUGUGGCAGCCAUUUUAGGCAAAAAAUAAAGAUAUGCGAAGACUGUUCGUGAACCGAAAAUAAUGUACAACCAGAGGCAUUUUUUCUUUUAAAAGCUUAUUCAUAAAUGGAAUCGUUCGUAAACCUGGUCGUUCGUAAACUGAGGUUCCACUGUAAUUAUAACCCUUUAAGUUUUUUACGACUUUGGUGACAUAUUUCCCAAAACAUUUCCGUACAAUUCUGAUUUAAUUAUAUAACCUCAGGGGCAUUUGACGUUAGAGGUUCCAUUGUAUAUAAAACGCAGACACCUUUGCACACAAUUAUUUCUACGGAUAGUAUACUAACAAACAACGAAGUCUACAAUGAAUUUGUACAAAAAAUAUAAUGAGCAAUGAGUAUAACAUUUUCAUAUUUAGGGCUACAUGGAAAUUAUCCUACAUGUUUUUUAGAAAUAUGCUGCAGCAGGACUUACUAUUUUGUGUUUAUUCCUGUUGGGAUUCUGCAUGAACCUAGCGACAGUUUAAUUUUUCGUACAGUUUCUAACUAAAUCCGGAAAAGAACUGCAAAAUGCCCACAUCAGAGCCAUAGCAGAAGAUACAGCAACGCGGUAUCCCGAAAUCAGCUUUCAACAAAACAGGGCAGUCGAGGUGAGCUUCAGGUGUUACAUUUCACACUCCUGUUAAUUCCCUUACACACAGAUGUCAUCCUGCCUCCGUUAUGGCUCUGAUACUACCUCUGAAGGCAGAUAAUUGCCGGGUCGAGUGUCCAUCAGUAUUAGAGGUUUCAGACCUAUUUGUUCCACUUACGUUUUUACUUAAGCACGCAUGCACUGUGAAUGUCUUCCAGUCUUAUUACUGCUGUGGUUUGUCUAUUUAUUUAGUUGGCUUUAUGAAGGAAAUGAACGGGGGAGGGGACAGUCUUUAAAUUAUUUAAUGGUCAAUAAGCUAUAUACUGUACUGUGGAACCCCCAAAAUCAAAGACAUUCUGUUUUGUGACGAUUGUUGACUUUAAAGUUGUUCUACUGUAAUUUCAAAACUAUAAAGGGAAUUUAUUUGUUUCCGUCUGAUACCGUCACUAUCAUAAAACGUAUUGGCAGUGAAUAUUAACAUUUUAACAUUCCUAACUCUCAUAGUAUAAAGAGAGGUUAACCACAAUACAAUAAAGUAACUGCUGGAAUUAAAAUGCCUUGUGAUAUUAACUAAUGAUAUUGCUCAUACAGUAUUGUACUGACCAGCCAGACCUUUUUAGCCUAUGUUGCAAUAAGUUCCAUUUCUGGGUUUCGUCUUUGCCAUCAUUACUACCCUUAACUGGUGGCAUUAUAAAAAGAAAGAAAAAGAAACACAUACUUGAACCGUAGUUUUUUUUUUUUACUUUUGAGGCAUUUCUUUCCUGAAAGAUCAGGUCAAUCUCCAAAUUGUACAACUUCUGCAGCGUUUGACUUUAGGGGUUCCGCUAGCUGAAUGUUAACCUUCAGUUUACCUCUUUGUGCAAAAUACGUUAUUUUAAACUCUUCCAAAAAUAAUAAUUGACAGAUGACUUCUUCUGAUGUUUCCGGUCUGAACAUGUAUUUAGUAUGUGUUCUAAACAUCUUCAAAUAACACACAUUUGUCAAGUGUUUGAAAUGAAAAUGCUACAAUAACCUCUUUCAAAUUUCUUUUUAUAGCUUCUACUAAGUCUCAUUUUCCUUUUUCUUUCAAAAAACAAAAAAAACAAAACCAAAUGCAAUAGAAACCAACCAGGAAUGUAAUGUACUCACACUUCAGCCUCAGGGUGCUCCCAGGGGCUGCUUUGACCAAGUCAACAUCGUGAUUUUCAGUCAGUUUACAAUACAUGAAUGGUGUCCUGCUGAAGAGCGUAACAGGUAUUAAGUCUUUGCAUGAAAACAAACUGCUGUAAAUAAACUUAGUCAGAGAGCAAGAUGGGACAUAAGAGUUAUGUCAGGACAGUGGUCGUGUUCUCUUACCAGGGGUGGGGAACCUACACCAUACUGUAUGGUCCAUGAGAGCAUUUUAUCUGGCCUGCCAUGAAAUGCUAGACAAAAGCACAUUUCCCCCCCUCAUGUAUUUACUGUAAAAACUAAUGGAAUGAAAUGGUCCCCAAAAAGAAAAAGAUUCCCCACCCCUGUGUUACAGCAUUUAGCAACAUGUUGUUUCCGUGUUGAUUUAUUUUAUUGUUUUCCUUUUCAGUAACAAACUGUUAAGGUGAUGGUAAUUAGCCAUACCAGCAUUUUUGAUGGCCAUGAAAAGCAAAAUGCAUCAUGAGGAGAACUACAAGGUUUUUUUCUUCUAAGGUUGGUAGACAGGGUUAAUGUCAAGUAGAACGAAGCAUUUGAUUGAUUCUUUUGAAUGAUUUUGAGAAUGUUCAUUGUAAGAAACUGCCAGUCGCUCAGUCACUGUGUUUUCAAAUAUUUACAAUUGUACUUCAGGGUCACUUCAGGUGUAAAACAAUACAGUUUACAAGGAUGCAACAAUAAAUAACAGUAUAAAGUUACAUGUAAUUCAAAUAACACUAAUGACCCUGCCAGUAUGUCCUGUGGACAUCUGUAUCUCGCUCUGAAUGUGAAACAAAUGUAAUGACUGUAGUUUCUAUCAUUCAUGUGAUUUGAUGAAACAUAAAAGGACCUCUUGUCUAAACAAUACUGCAUUUGUAGCAGCCAUUUAUAGAUGUCAAUAUGUAGCACUUAGCCCCCAAACGAGACAAGGCAUUUGUCUUUUACACAAUGAUUGCAUUUGUAAAUGAUGUUGUUACAAAAUGUUAUAUCGGUUCCUUUUUUAAAAAAAUUUGAUCUCAUUAUAAAUGACACAAUUUCCUCAAAUUUGGCUUUGGUCCAGAGAGAAUGAAUGUGUUUGUUCUGGUAUUGAUUGUAUGUCUGAAUGUAAAUAUAUUAUCAGCAUAACUUGUUUCUUAGUGCACCAACAAAGUAAUAGAAGCAUGUUUUGUCAGUCUUUGCUGUUUCUCUUCUUUGAACUCUUUGCAUUGUGAUGGUCGACAUGUAGUUGUAAAGCGUGGCGGACCAAUUUGAAGGAUGAUGAAUGUCAUUUGUUGACUUGUUGGUCAAUAUUAACAUCUGUGCUAUGAAGAAGAUAAAUGUAUUUGUUUAGAAAUUGGUCCUGCACUUCCACUUAUCACUUGUGUUAGAAAAUAGAAUAGAUCUUUGUCACAAGAAUUAAAGUCUAC